UAGUGGUGUUAAGGUGUCUUGCGUUCUAGCUGCUACUAUAAGCUAGAGACAAGGCGAGGGGUCAGCGUCUUGACGGAUCUCUGUGAGCGAGAGAGAGAGAGAGAGAGAGAGAAAGUGGAAGAAAGGAAGGAUUUUCAUUUGGAGGCUCGCCAUUAUACCAUCCUGCGCCGCUGCUGCUGCUGCGCUGCCGCUGGGCCUUUCCAAAGAAUCCCCAUCACUCACAAAUCAAUCCUCCAGUCCAGAGAAAAGAGCAAGCUUCUGAUGAAUCCAUCGCUGUAGAAACAGUUCUUCGUCUUCGCUGCUACCUAUAGCGGUCUCUUGUUGGCUUCUUCUUUCUUCUCCUUCCUUCCUCUUCUCUGGCCGUGAGCUCCACGACGAAGCCAUGGAAUGGAAUGCAGCAUGAUUGCUGCGAUCUCCUGUGGUGUUCUUCCUGUCCCUCUCUCUCUCAUCCCCAGGGUCUCUGGUAGCCGCGGCAGGGAUAAAAGGAAGAGAUCUUUCGAUUCGAGGACCACCAACAUCAUGUGUUCUUGAUCAGUGCUGGGCGCCGAGGAAGAUCGAAGAAAGAAAAGAUCCUAGGCUAGAUGAAAAGGGAAGAACGAAUGGAGGCGGCGUCGUCGCCCAGUACCUGCCUCUCGCUAUCCUCCGAUUUCCUGAGCCCCGCCAAUUCGGUGGUGAGCUCCUCGUGGCCCAAUUCCUGCAAUAGCUCGCCCAAGCGGGGAUUCGCCGCCGCCAGUUCCUCCUCCUGCCCCAGCUCGCCCACCAAGCGAUUCCACCUCCACUGGGAUCUCGCCGAUCCGGCUGCCGCCGCCACCGCCACCGCCGCCGCAUCCUUGCCCUCGCUGGCGGUCGACUGCACGCUAUCGCUCGGCAAUGCCCUGACGCGAUCGAGAUCAGCGGAUCUCAACGAGGUGCCCAAUCGGCUGUCGCGCGCCGGAUCGCCCAUCUCCGAGCCGGCCAAGACGAUCGAUCCUCCAAAGCUGGCCUCUCCUCCUUCCUAUCAGCAAUCUGGAACGCACUGGGCGACGAGCAACGAGCUCUUCCUCCAGCAGCAGCGGGCUUUCUCCGCCGAGGCGGCCGCUCGAAGGAUCGCUGCCGCCGCCGCCGCCGCUCGCUUCGCCGCCCACAGCACCUCCAAGGACUUUUACGCCCGCCACCCAGUGCUGCAUUCACAGUUUCCGGCCGCCAACUUCUCGCCGUCCCAGGAGCUUCACAAGUUCGGGUUCCUUGAGUUUAACACGGGUGGCAGCGGCGGCGGCGGCAACGGCAAUGGCGGCCUGGGGAGCAAGAACAAUUUGGAUCCGUGCUCCACCCGCUCCAGGUUCCGUGGAGUGGACGCUCACGUCGACCCGCGCAACGUUCCCAGGAUCUGUGCUCACUGCGGGACGAGCUCCACGCCGCUGUGGAGGAAUGGUCCGCUCGGCCCAAAGUCUCUUUGCAAUGCUUGCGGCAUAAGGUUCAAGAAAGUCGGGAGACGCAGCCCGGUCACCGUUACUCCCGUCACUGCAGCCGCGUGGAAUCAAUCCGGCAGCAGCUGCGAUGAUCUGGGAGGAUUCGCUAAGAGCAGGAGCGAUAAAAAUCUGGGCGAACAGCAGCAGCAGCCAGUGAUCGCUGCGAUCCCACCAAAAACGUCUCUCGUUCACCCAGCUCAAGCUUAUCAUGUCGACGACAAGCGGCUUUGCCGGAUGGAUCAAAACGCCGCCACCAUCGCCGCUAACGCGAGCGCAAUCGCUCUUCCAUUCGCCAAGGAGUGGAGCAGCAACGAUCAAUCGCCGUGCAGCAGCAAUGCCGUGGGCAGCAGCUGCAUAACUUGGCAGGACAGCAUGCCGCCGGCGGUGUGCGUCGAUCAGCCCGGCAGCGAAGAUUGUUCCAAGGCCAAGGUGUUUGCUCGUCCCGAUCCACACCACCACCACCACCACCAACACCACUCUCCUCUCGUGCUGGAUGCCGAGAUCAUACGGUCCGUGGCGCCGGUCAAGGCGGUCAGCACGGUCAGCGGGCACGGUCAAAGUAAGGAGGAACAAGGCAGGUUCUUGAGAAUGUCGCUCUGAGCGCUCUCCAGUAGGCAGGCGGUGGGAAAGAAAGUAUCUCUUAUUAUAAUAUUUGGGAUUGGAAGCCACAGCGAUCACGCCUCGAUCGAUCGCUCGAUCCAUGGAUGGAUCGAUCAAAAAGAGUGUGGUGUAGCUUUCGAUCUGCCUGGAGCAAGGCAGGCAUUUUAAGAGGAAUUUUAACUAACUUUUGUUGGCUUUU